UUAUGCAUUAUGCCUAUUAUAUAUUGUAUAACUAUAUACAAUAUUAUUUCUGAAUGAAUACAUUUUUCUGUAACAAAUACUAGCAAGUAUUACAUAUAAUUCUAACAUGAUUACAUUCCACACAUGAUUUGCGCUUCAUAAUCAGCAAUCAGCAUAUUCUUCAAUCUCACCUUACUCCUAUAAUUUAUUGCACGUAUUAUAUUACCAGAACCUGGCCAUUUGUGUUGCGUGCUUUUUAGCUUUUGUUCUUGGUCAAGCCAAUAGCCAAUAAUUAAGCUAACUUUACAUGAUGCAUCUUUUUAAUAGUGGCACCAAGAAGAAGACAUCAUGAUCAGAUCCUUAAUUGCACGAUUUUCGGCUAUCAAAUUGCUAUAAAUCGUGAAGGAAAAAAAAGGGCAGUCGGUGCACUAAAGCUCCUGCUAUGCACAGGGUUCUGGAAAGGGCUCCAUAACAAAGGUGUAUUGUAUGCAGUUUAUCUUGCAUUUUCUGCUAGAAGUUGUUUCCAAGGCUUGAAUCCGUGACCUCUUGGUCACAUCACAGCAACUUCACUAGUUACUCCAAGGCUAUAAAUGGUGAAGAAGAACUGAAUAUUAACAGCAAAUGUUAUCACUCUUUUUAACUAGUCCUGUAUACCAUUGACAUAGCACAAAAUGAGCAUCAGCCACUUUCUUCAAUAUAAAUUGGCUUUCGCUGCUCUACUCCUUUUCUUGAACCUGCCGGAACUUUUAGGAAUUCAAGCGAAUGCUGAAAGCAAAGUUCAUAUCGUUUACAUGGGAAGAAGGCAACACGAUGAUGUUGAACUCGCGACAUCAGCUCACCACCAAAUACUUACUUCAGUACUUGGAAGUCAAGAAGCUGCGAGAGAUUCAAUCAUCUACAGUUACAAACAUGGUUUCUCCGGCUUUGCAGCCAUGUUAACAAAACCUCAAGCCAAAAGGAUUGCAGAGUUACCUGAUGUGGUCCAUGUGGUUCCUAAUCAUUUGUACAAAUUGCACACAACAAGAAGUUGGGACCUUGGCCUGUCCACAUCUUCUCCUCCAACAAACCUCCUUCAUCAAGCCAACAUGGGAGAUGGCGUCAUCAUUGGUGUCCUUGAUACAGGAAUCUGGCCAGAAAGUGAAGCAUUCAAUGACAAAGGCCUGGGGCCAAUCCCUUCAAGAUGGAAGGGCCAUUGUCAGUCUGGUACAAAAUACGAUCCAGCUAAGGCAUGUAACAGGAAACUAAUUGGAGCAAAGUACUUUUUAAAGGGAUUUGAAACAGAACUUGGACGGCCAGCAAUCAAGGAUCCUGAUUUUCUAAAUUAUGAGCUAGCGUCCCCAAGAGAUAGAGAUGGGCAUGGCACGCACACAUCAAGCACUGCUGGUGGCUCAUUUGCACCAAAUGCAAGUUACUAUGGACUUGCUUAUGGUACAGUUAGGGGUGGUGCACCCAAGGCUCGGAUUGCUAUGUACAAGGUGUGCUGGAAUUGGCUCCAAGGGGGAUGUGCCUUUUCUGAUAUAAUGAUGGCUAUAGAUGAGGCAAUUCAUGAUGGAGUUGAUAUUUUAUCUCUAUCCAUUGGCUCAGAAAUACCUCAUUACGCUGAUGUUGAUAUGCGCAAUGGCAUUGCUUUGGCAUCCUUCCAUGCCGUUUUAAAGGGAAUUACAGUUGUUUGUUCGGGAGGAAACGAAGGACCAUAUCCUCAAACUGUAGAGAAUACAUCACCAUGGAUCCUUACGGUGGCAGCUUCUAGUAUUGAUAGGUCCUUUCCCACACUCAUUACAUUAGGGAACAACUGGACUUUUGCUGGUCAAUCACUUUAUACCGGAAAGGAGACUGGUUUUAUCAGCAUCGCACAUCCAGAAAGCUCCGAUCUUAAAGAUAAACGCUUUUGCGACAACUUGAAUACAAAUGAUACGUGGGCGGCUGGAAAAGUAGUGCUUUGCUUCCUUGGUAAAGGGGAUGAAUUAGAUUUGCCAUCAACUAGACAAGUCGUCCAGUAUGUUGGAGGCUUGGGAUUGAUUGUUGCUAAGAACCCAACCAGAACCCUGUAUUAUUUCGCGUCCGACUUUCCUAGUAUAGGAGUAAGUAUUGACGUUGGAGCUCAAUUACUCGAUUACAUCAGAUAUUCCAGAAAACCACAAGUAAAGCUAAGUCCUACCCAAACUCAUGUUGGGAAACCUGUUUCAACACAUAUUGCGUCCUUCUCAUCCCGAGGUCCCAAUUCUGUUGCCCCUGCCAUACUUAAGCCAGAUAUAGCAGCUCCAGGAGUCGAUAUAUUAGCUGCUAUUCCUGCAUCAGAAACUUCAUACGAAUUUGAAUCAGGAACGUCCAUGGCAGCACCUCACGUGUCUGGCAUUGUCGCCUUACUCAAGUCCCUACACCCACAUUGGUCUCCAGCUGCUAUAAAGUCUGCACUCGUUACAACAGCAUGGCCAACGGACCCUCAUUCUGGGGAACCAAUUGUAGCUGAGGGAAAUCCAAACAAGAUUGCUGAUCCAUUUGAUUUUGGAGGUGGAGUCGUGAACGCAAAUGGUGCAAAAGAUCCCGGCCUAGUCUAUGACAUGGGAACAUUUGACUACAUUCUUUAUUUGUGCUCAAUGGGCUAUAACAAUAGUGCCAUCAGUGUGCUCAUUGAUCAAGCUGCAUCUUGUCCAAUCAAGAGGCCUUCAAUUCUUGAUGUCAAUCUUCCUUCUUUAACAGUACCAAGUCUCAGGAGAACAGUUACUAUAAGAAGAACAGUCACCAACGUAGGACCAGUGAACUCCAAAUAUAAGGCCAUCAUUGAGCCUCCACAGGGCAUUACCAUAAAAGUAAAGCCUGAGACUUUGAUAUUCAACUCCAAGACCAAGAAAAUCUCAUUCACUCUCACCAUUUCAACCACUCACAAAUACACCACGGACUAUUAUUUCGGGAGUUUAAUUUGGACUGACGGAGUGCACGGGGCAAGAAUCCCUAUAUCUGUGAGAACUGAGUUUCCAGAACUUGUUGGCUAGAGGAAAGGAUACAUGUAAGAGUUUGUUAAUUUAAUUCAACGCACUAGCUUAAUCUAAGUAUGUACCAUUGACUGACGUUCUCUGCAAGAUAAAUCUUUUUAUCUUCCCUUUAC